AUGUCUCAGGUAAAGGCUCCGAGUGUGGAGCAUAUCUACGAGCAACUUAAAAAGGAAAUUGAAGCCGCCAAGGCUAAAAAUCGAGAGGAUUGGGAGAAGCGUCAAAAGAAGGACUUGACGUCGCAAAGUCUGACACAAGAUAAAUCUCAAGCCGUGGAAAAGACAACCGGCUCACCUGCUAUUAACCCUGAGCUUGGCAAGGAGAACGGAAAUUCGCAGCCUGAUAAGGUUAAAGAGAAGUCUGUAGAAGAACCGCCAGUCUCAGCACCAGCUGCUGCCACUUCGAAUUCGUAUGCUAGUUUGAGACCUGUCAAGAGAAAGCUUACCAGCGCCAAUGGCAAUCAGGCCCGGCCAUUUGCGCCAUCCAAAAAGCCAGUAAGAGGUCCGAAUAAAACCAGCUUCACAAAUAUCCGAACCGUUGACACGCGCAGGACUGCCAAUCCUGCGGCAUGGUACGAAAAUAUAAAUAUGAGAGAGACAUUCUCUCGCUCGGACCUAGAAGCCAUCAAGCAGAUUUUGACACUGGUAAAGAAAGCUCAAAGGGCGGCAUCUCGUCCCGAAGAAUUGGACGCAAUCUUUUCUGAGAUGCGCAAGCGGCUCCACCAGAUGGAAUUUUUUGAUUUUUUAUCGGGUGUGCUCAUCAAGAAGUCGAAGAUACUGGAAGACCAGGGCCUCCCUCUCAUCUCGGACGAUAUCACGUAUCCCUGGGACAUUCAGGCUGAUGCGCGUGCUUUGUUUCUCCGUUGGUAUGCGGGAGCGUUUGACCCUCAUCUUCUCCGAGGCGUCAAUACCGAACAGAAGAACUCCAGUACUGGAGCUAAACGGACUAGUCACCGACUCGAUAUGCAGUAUUUUGCUCGCAAGGACUGCAAAGUUGUUGGUGAGAAUGAGCUUGUGAAUGGACAGUGGUGGCCGCUCCAAAUUUGCGCCAUGAGAGACGGCGCCCAUGGAGAGGUCGAAGCAGGUAUUUGCGGCAGCGGAGACAAAGGCGCAUUCUCCGUGAUUCUUUCCUCAGGUGGUUAUGACGAUAAGGAUGAGGGUGACACCAUCUAUUAUUGCGGGACGUCAGGAAGUGCUGGCAAGGUUAGCCUGGGCACCCGCCAUCUUCUCAAAUCUCGCGAUGAGGGAAACCCCGUUCGAGUCCUUCGCUCUGCAGCCUUGCCCAAGAAGAAUCCUUACCGACCUUCAAAAGGCUUGAGGUAUGAUGGGCUUUACGCUAUUGAGAGCUAUGAGAAGCUGCAUGAGGAAACUGCCAUGCACAGGUUUUGCCUCAAGAGAUGUGAAGGCCAGCAUCCCAUCCGUUAUCGAGGAGUCGAGAAACGGCCCACCGAUUACGAGCUCGCAAGUUACGCUGAAAUCAGAGGCCUUUUAGGUCUCAAGUCUUAG